CGCACCACCACACAACAACACCACCACCACCACCACCACCACCACCACCACAGACUAUGGGCCGCCGCGAGAGACAGCCCUCGCCCCCGCCUCCGCCGCCCAUGGGCCCGCCAUCAGACCCCACGUACGUCUUCGACAACUACGAGAACGGAAAGCCUAAAUGGGCGCCGGGGAAAGACAACCAGCGCGACUAUCGCGAGUACCGUGAUAGCCGUAGAGGAGACCACCGCCGCCCUCGCAGGAGCAGAUACGACCAAGAUGAAUCGUCUGCUGCUCCACCCCCACCACCAGAGACCGCAUAUCCACCACCACCCCCGCCAGGAGCAGCUGCACCACCAAAAGAAGCACCCAGAGACCCUAGAGACGCUCGCCCUCGUCGCCACCGCAGAGAGCCCUCGUACUCGUCCGACGACUCUGACUCGGAACCGCCCCCACCACGACGAAGCCACCGUCGUGAUGACCGCCCCCGCUACCACCGCGAGGACACAUACGACUCGUACGACGAGAACUACCCACGCCGCCGCCACAGGGAGUCUGGCCGCCGAGACCGCGACGGCUACAAGUCCGAAGGUUACAAGUCUGAAGGCUAUAAAUCCGACGGCUACAAGUCCGACCGCAGGCGCCGCGACCGCGAUUCCCACUACGAUGACUACGACCGCCGCGACCGGUCCCGCGGCGACAGAGACCGAGACCGCGACCGCGACCGCAGACGCCACGACGACCGUUACGACGACAUGUUCAACGGCAAGUCUCGCCGCGACUCGCGCUACGACGACCGCCCCCGCGACAGGCGUGAUGACUACGACCGCCCCCGCGACAGGCGUGAUGACUACGACCGCCAUGGCGAUCGUCGCAAGAGCACCAGAGACUCCAAGUCCGGAAAGCCCCCGAUGCCUGAGUGGCAGCGACAGGCCAUGGGCAUGUUCAAGGACUAUGCUCUCCCGAUUAUCAAGAAGGAAGGCGCAAAGUAUGUGCAGAAGCAAAUGGCGAAUGGGUUUGGGCGCCGUUGAUGUAAUGAUGUGAUGAGUUGAUGUUGAGACUAAUUUCCAUGCUGUUGUGGUUUUAUUUCUAUGCGGCUAUCUGUGUUAGUUUUGUUCUUUUGAAUCUGGCGUUAUGCGGCUGUAUAGAUGAUAUCCUAUUUGCUGAAUUGAUCUCUCCUUGGAUUUGUAGUCACGUGUUAUGCUGUUUAGUCUAAGGUCAAGUUGGUCUACCUUGAUUUAUAGAAAUCUAUGAAUUAGUUUUAACUUCAUCACCAAAAUAACACACCACC